GAAAUUCGAGUAUGAAUCCUUCAGCAUCGUUAAGGCGUGACAUCAAAGGAGUUGUGGAACCCUUAACGAAGCCAGAUGAGUUUGGCUCUUGCGUAAAGAAGCUUUGGUGUGUCGGAAUCUACGUCUUAACACGCCCACAAUCUUUCGGUGGUCAAUAGCAGUGCUUUCAUCGUCUGUCCAUCAGGAUCGUUGCGAAUUUAUCACAUUCGGCCACAAUUACACACCACAAUGCAGUCCAGUAAUCGCGCAGUCGCGAUAUGUCCGGCGCACAUAACUCCAGAGCCGACCAUGCUGAUCGUCAAACAACACUUCCAAGGCUCCGAGAGCGACUUUACCUGCUUUCGCGCGGACCGAGUGUCUUGUUUGAGAUCAUCGGAGACCGAAAAAGCAGCAGUCGUCGACGCAAACUCGUGGACUCUGCCACAGACACGCCUCUAUUUGAGCUUCGCAGGCGAUAUUUCAACUUCAAGGAACAAUGGUGUCUCGAGUUUCCUGAGGAUGUCAGUGACCAAUCCCACUCUCCCCAAUUCUCAUUGGCUAUGAAGUGGAAGGGGUGGUCCAAUUUUGACAUCACGAUGGAUAACAUGGCGUCGUCUAAUGUUGAACGCGUUGUCCUAGAAGUGCGAGCGAGGACUGUCCGACAUACAACUUACGAUAUCUCCCUGAAUGGUCAGAAAAUCGUAGAGGCGCGUAAGAUUCCUGGAGAAGAGGCGCCAGGAGUGACUGCUAGGAUUCGCAACAAUCCGGCUUGGGAACUCGACGUUGGUGCAGGUGUAGAUACGUCAUUGGCCUCCAUCAUUGCCGUCAUGUUGACAGAUCUGAACCCUGCGAAUAUCUGGACCAGAACAUCCUUAAACCACACAAGAGAAUAUCUCUUUAGUCUGCAAUAUGUGUCAAGUGUAACAUAACAAGUGUAUCAUGGAACCUUGAUACAAGCAGAUGUAGGAGCAGGGUGGCCCAAACAGCAUGGUGUUAGCAACGACACGUUAGCAACGCUCAAUCUAACCAGUAACGCUGUGGUGAUUAAGCUUGAGGGCUAUGCCAUGACAGUAAGAGUUGGCGAUCAUGUUCGGGG